UAUAUCCCCCCACUCUCUCCUCAAAUCUACCCUCUCACACACAUUCAUUUGCUGAACUUAUUCCAUUACUAGUGUCACUCUCACUCCUCUCUCUGUCUAUUCUUUUCCUCCAACAAAAAAAAAAAAAAAAAAAAAAAACCCCACCAAGCCAAUCAAUAAAGGGCCAUCACAAUCUGUACAAUAAGGCAAAGUCACAAAAACCACCAUUAAUUUCAACAAUCUCAAUUUCCCACAGCCCCCUUGUUCACAAGCCAAUCAAAAGAAGCCUCUCUAAAAUCACUACCAAUUCUACUACUACAAAUUAGUGCUAAAACAGAUUUCCCAUGGCUUCAUCAACUUCUACCAACACUUGGGUUAAUUCCCAAAUCCUUCCUUCAAGUUCAAGCACAAGAACUAAUAAUUCUGCAAAUACAAGAAGGACCAAUUACAUAACUUGCUCUCUUCAAACCCCUUCUCUUGUAAGAAUUCCCAAACACACCACUACCACUCCGACUUACCAAGCCCCCACAACCAUUAAUCCAAUCCCCAAAAUCAAGACCCCAAAAGACAAUUCUUCUAAGAAUACUAUUUCUCUGCCAAACCAACAAUGGAACCUCCUUCAGAGAGCCGCCGCAGCAGCGCUGGACGCGGCAGAAACCGCCUUGGUAGCCCAAGAGCGCCGCCACCCGCUUCCAAAAACUGCCGACCCUCGAGUCCAAAUUGCCGGAAACUUUGCUCCGGUGCCGGAGCAGCCGGUCCAGCACUCACUUCCUGUGACCGGGAAAGUCCCGAAUUGCAUUGAGGGAGUCUACGUCAGAAACGGCGCCAACCCCCAUUAUGAGCCGGUCGCCGGCCACCACUUCUUUGACGGUGACGGCAUGGUCCACGCCGUCAAAUUCAAUAACGGCGCCGCCAGCUACGCCUGUCGGUUCACCGAGACUAAGCGGCUCGUCCAGGAGCGGGCCCUUGGUCGACCGGUCUUCCCGAAGGCAAUCGGCGAGCUACACGGCCAUUCCGGCAUCGCCAGGCUCCUCCUCUUCUACGCCCGUGGACUCUUCGGCCUCGUCGAUGCCAGCCACGGCAUGGGCGUCGCCAACGCCGGCCUCGUCUACUUCAACCGCCGCCUCCUCGCUAUGUCAGAAGACGACUUGCCUUACCACGUGAGGGUGACUCCCGCCGGAGAUUUAAAAACGGUCGACCGGUUCGACUUCAACGGUCAGCUCAAGUCCGCCAUGAUCGCCCAUCCAAAGCUCGAUCCUGUCUCCGGCGAGCUCUUCGCUUUGAGCUACGACGUCAUAAAGAAGCCUUACCUCAAAUACUUCAAAUUCUCCACCGACGGGAAGAAAUCCGACGACGUCGAAAUCCCUAUCGAUCAGCCGACUAUGAUGCACGAUUUCGCCAUCACUGAAAACUUUGUCGUCAUCCCCGAUCAGCAGGUCGUGUUCAAAUUGCCGGAGAUGAUCCGUGGAGGCUCUCCGGUGGUUUACGACAAGAACAAGACCUCAAGAUUCGGGGUCUUAGACAAGAAUGCAAAGGGUGAAAAGGAUAUUAAGUGGAUCGAAGCUCCGGAUUGCUUCUGCUUCCACUUAUGGAAUGCUUGGGAGGAGCCCGAGAGCGACGAGAUCGUCGUGAUCGGAUCCUGCAUGACGCCGGCGGACUCCAUUUUCAACGAAUGUGAAGAGAGCUUAAAAAGCGUCUUGUCGGAAAUCAGGCUAAAUCUCAAAACCGGCAAGUCGACUCGGCGACCCAUCAUUACCGAUUCGGAACAGGUGAACUUGGAAGCCGGGAUGGUGAACCGUAACCAGCUAGGUCGGAAAACCCGGUUCGCGUACCUUGCGCUGGCUGAGCCGUGGCCGAAAGUCUCCGGUUUUGCUAAAGUGGACUUGUUUACUGGCCAAGUGACCAAGUACUUGUAUGGGGAUCAACGCUUUGGCGGUGAGCCUCUGUUUUUGCCUAGAGAGUCUGAUAUUAACUUUAGCUCGGAAGAAGACGAUGGAUAUAUUCUGGCGUUUGUUCAUGACGAGAAGGAAUGGAAAUCACAGCUUCAAAUCAUUAACGCCAUGAACAUGAAGCUCGAAGCUUCCAUAGACCUUCCCUCAAGAGUCCCAUACGGUUUUCACGGUACUUUUAUAAGCUCCAAGGAUUUGGAGAAGCAGAUGUGAAGGUGAUCGCAGUAUAUAUAUACAGUUUCUUAGUUAUAAUGGGUCUGCGGGGUUUGUAGAUUUGGGUUUGGGCAGACUUUUCAGAAGAGAAAUACCAGAGGGAUGGUGAUGUAUUACGUCCCCGGAAUCUCCUCUGCUUUCUUAUUUUUUGUUGUCGUUUUAGUUUGUUUGUUGUCGUUUGUUGUAGUAGAGUGAGAGGUUUUAGAGAGCCAGCUUGUAGCUUUUCGGGUACGUAGGUAUUGGAGCUCAGCUGGUUUCUGCUUAUUUUUUCACUUCAUAAUUAUACGUACAUGUUUGUGUAUAAAGAAAAGGAAAGGGAAGUUAUUAUAUGAAUGUAGAGAGCUUUAUUUUC